AACCUGUUUUGCCGUGUUCACACAGUUUAGAUGCAUUAAUUUUGCUUCGGCGCUUUGUCUAAACAGAGACGUAUUUCUGCAGUUGCCUUAUUGUGUGCGUUUUUCAAACAAAGACGUAAAGACAAUAAAAGAACAAAAGCACUUGAAGUCAUUAACCUGUUUUGCCGUGUUCACCCAGUUUAGAUGCAUUAAUUUUGCUUCGACGCUUUGUCUAAACAGAGGCGUAUUUCUGCAGUUGCCUUUUUGUGUGCGUUUUUCAAACAAAGACGUAAAGACAAUAAAAGAACAAAAGAGCUUUACUGUAUAUCCUUGGAUCUAUGCAAUGAUGAGUUUAAUGAUAUGGUGGUUAUUGUGGCUGUUAUUUGGUCAAGGAUUCACAAUGAAAAUGGGUUGGAAUGAAGAACUUGAGUUUUGUGAGGAAGAAUGGAAGAAAUUUGUGGCGGACAAAAUUGAAAUCGAUUCGAAAUGCAACAAUACUCGUACACGUUGUUGUGUUGAGGAGAAGAAAUAUCUUUUGGAGCGAUUUAAAAUGUUUAGUGAAAUAUGUCCUCUUGAAGGGACAUGUGGAUGCAGCCCGAUUAUUUUGAACUUUACUGUUUUGUCACAAUGGCCUCUUUUACAAAAUCAUUACGAAAAUGGAAAGAACCAGAAAACUUAACGUGUUCACAUAAGUACAUAAAUGAAAGAAUAGAAAAGUCAUAUCUUAUGCGAUAUACUAGCUUUGGAAUGAAACAACACAAAAUCCUUUACAAGUAUGUUUUAUACGGUGGAAAAAAUCACACUUGUUAUGUUCUCUUCAACGUGAACCUAAAACAAGGUAAAUGCAAGGCAGUUCAUUUUAGUUUCUCCUGUGUCAGUUUAAUUUAUAGUACACCAAUGUGAUUAUAAUGCUUCAUAUUCAACUUCGCUCAAAUCCAUACGGCACUUUGACCUAUAUUCAAUUCAUCAUGUACGUAUACUCUUAAGUGAAUUUCUUUGCAGUUGCAAAGCUAAUAGAAUACACCCCGAAACAGCCAAGUAUGUUUAAUUCGUCAUACAUAUAUUAUAAUGUAAACCUGUAAAAGAGUAAAAGCUCAAUUCAAGAGCGUGUCUUGGUUAUUUUCGGGUUUAUUGAUUUUAUUCAUUAACGAUCACGUUGGAAGAUUUUGGUUGUUUGUUAAUGGGUGUGAGGGUUAGGGUUAAGAUGUUCAUAUAUUGAUCUGUGCUAGUUAAGCUUUAUUAUUAUAAUACAACGGUGAUGCAAUCUCGAUUGUGAUUGUCUAAAA